CCCGGCUCCGGGUGUCUCCGUGACGAGGCAGCGCGGAGCCGCCGCGGGCCGGGCCCAUCCCGCCGCAGCAGCCCCAGGGCCGAGCAGGAGCGAGGCGCCGAGGGAGCGGCGCCGAGCGGGGGCCGGAGCGCGGCCAGAAUGGUGUUGGAAGGAAACCCUGAAGUGGGCUCCCCCCGAACCUCAGACCUCCAGCACCUGGAGAACCAGGGCUCUUGUGUCCUCUCUUCUCCCGGUGAAGAUGCACAGCCAGGGGAGGAGCCCAUCAAGUAUGGUGAACUCAUCGUUCUGGGAUGCUGUGAGGAAGGAGGUGAGGAAACCGAGGCUCAGAGAGGGGAAGUGACUGGCCCAAGGGCACACAGCUGCUACAAUGGGUGUCUGGCAAGUGGGGACAAGGGCCGCCGCCGAAGCCGCCUGGCACUGAGCCGCCGGCCACACGCCAACGGAGUGAAGCCGGACGUCAUGCACCACAUCUCCACACCGCUUGUGUCCAAGGCACUGAGCAACCGUGGCCAGCACAGCAUCUCGUACACACUGUCCCGGAGCCACUCGGUCAUAGUCGAGUACACACAUGACAGUGACACAGACAUGUUCCAGAUUGGCCGCUCCACGGAGAACAUGAUCGACUUUGUGGUAACAGACACGUCCCCUGGAGGAGGGGCUGCCGAGGGCCCCUCUGCCCAGAGCACCAUCUCCCGCUAUGCCUGCCGCAUCCUUUGUGACCGCCGGCCGCCCUAUACCUCCCGCAUCUAUGCCGCUGGCUUCGAUGCCUCCAGCAACAUCUUCCUUGGAGAGCGGGCAGCCAAAUGGCGGACCCCUGACGGCCUGAUGGACGGCUUAACCACCAACGGGGUCCUGGUGAUGCACCCAGCAGGCGGCUUCUCUGAGGACUCGGCCCCGGGUGUCUGGCGGGAGAUCUCGGUCUGUGGGAAUGUAUAUACUCUGAGGGACAGCCGCUCGGCACAGCAGCGGGGGAAGCUGGUGGAAAACGAGUCCAACGUGCUGCAGGACGGCUCCCUCGUUGACCUGUGUGGAGCCACGCUGCUGUGGCGCACGCCGGCGGGGCUGCUGCGCGCGCCCACGCUGAAGCAGCUGGAGGCCCAGAGGCAGGAGGCGAAUGCGGCGCGGCCCCAGUGUCCCGUGGGCCUCAGCACCCUCGCCUUCCCCAGCCCGGCCCGUGGCCGCACGGCACCCGACAAGCAGCAGCCCUGGGUCUACGUCCGCUGUGGCCACGUCCACGGCUACCACGGCUGGGGCUGCCGGCGUGAGCGGGGCCCCCAGGAGCGCGAGUGUCCUCUCUGCCGCCUCGUGGGGCCCUACGUGCCCCUGUGGCUCGGCCAGGAGGCUGGCCUCUGCCUGGACCCCGGGCCGCCCAGCCACGCCUUCGCACCCUGUGGCCACGUCUGCUCUGAGAAGACUGCCCGCUACUGGGCUCAGACGCCACUGCCCCAUGGCACCCACGCUUUCCACGCCGCUUGUCCCUUUUGCGGGGCCUGGCUCACCGGCGAGCAUGGCUGUGUCCGCCUCAUUUUCCAGGGGCCGCUGGACUAGGCUCCCUGGGGGACCCCUGCUGCCGCGCCCGCCUGCCCACCCAGGUCCCCCACCUCCUGCAGCCCAGAGGGAGCUCUGCAUGUGGGACUCUACCUGCUGGCACGCCGCCACACCAGAUGGACGCGUUGGAUGGGUGGUGCCCUUCCCCUCUUAACUCUGGCUCCAAAGGGGGGUCUCUGGGACCCCUACCUUGGUCAGAAUGAUGGGGCUUCAGCACCAGCUCUGUCCCGGGCUGAUGGAGGGAGGCUCACCCCUACGCCCGGGCCCUUCCUGGGGCAUCCCACAUCAUGCCGCCUACACUGUGCCCCUGGGGGAAUGAAGGGGCCAUGGGCCCCUGACCCCCAGCUUAGGCUGGCUGUGCCCUGAGCCUGCCAACCCAGUUCCAGAUCAUCACCCUGCUGCUGCCCUGGGUUCCUCUAUAAACCUUGCUGCUCAGUUGCCCUCACAAA